AUGGAAUCUGAGCCUUCUAAGAUAGAGGAGUCUAGUAAACUUGAUAUAUGCGUUGAUCCACAUAAUGGAUAUCCAAUUACACAAGUUGUUUGUUCGCCUAACUUAAAAUAUGUAGCUACAUUGAGUGAAUUUGAUAAAUCUGUGGUUUUGUGGUCUAUCGAUUCUAUCGAUACAAAACAACAGAGUUUACGAUAUGUAAAUAUGAUUCCGAUAGAAGAUAUCAAUGUCGAAUCAGAAACUCAAAAGACAUUUGCGGUUUCGGAUGAUGGAUAUGGUGCAGUAAAACGUCAUAGAUCAAUUCCUUAUAAUUUUGAAAUUUACGAUUUCAAGACAGGAAAAACUUUUUCGCUGCAUUUCCCAUAUAUGCAUGGAAGUAUUAGCCACUUGUCCUUUAUUAGUGAUGAAAAGCUUGUUAGUGAUGAAAAGCUCGUUAAUGAUGAAAAACUUGUUAUGAUUAACACUGAAGACCAUAAAGCGUAUAUCCUUUCACGAAAAACAGACGAUGAUAACAAAUGGAUUUUCCAAUCAAUAAUUGAAUUAAACAAUUAUAGUAAAAACUCUGAAUUAGAAGCUGAUAAGAUGAAACCAAGCCCUGAACCAAAAAAACAUUGUAAUUCAAAAAAUAAGAUCUACAUAACUUUUAAAGGAAAAUUGGUUUUUUAUAAUGAAUUAACUCAUGAAAUCACAAUAUGGAAUUUAAAAACCUUGUUGAUUGAAACACAAAUUUUAUUGGAUUGGAGUUUCAAAUUAGAGAAUAUUGGGUUAAGUGAUGACGAAGAACUAUUAGGUGUAUCUGCAAACAGCUCUAAAAAAACGUAUUUAUACAUUUUUUCUACAACAACUGGGAUAAAUUUAUCUACAUAUACUUUUGAAAAAUCAGUAAUGAUAGAUGCAAUCUAUUUUAUCGCCUUUAGUGCUGGUGAGCGUGUACUUAUCAUAUCACAUAUGCAUGAUAGCUCUGAAAGAAUCGAAAGAGAUCUUAAGGUUCACAGAUUUCAUGAUGAGAAGAGAACUUUCAAUUAUUGGUUAAUGGAUCCUUAUACUCUACGGAAUCCUAUCAACGCCGAUGAACUUUUUAGAAGAUUAAAUGCUGAGAUCAAUACAUCAUGCUUAAUUAAAUCGGACAAUAUUAUUUAUGUAAACAACUGGAUUAGAUAUUUAAGAAAUGUUUUGAAUGAUAAUAACAAAAUUUCGGUUCCCUCACAUAAAGAAGACAUUGAAGAGUUCAUAAAAACUGUUGACAAAGAAAAAGAUCUUCAAGGAAGGAAUAUAUAUGUAUACGAUGCCGAUUGGUCUUUAAUAAAAUGGGAAUUAGAUUGUAAGAAUAUUAUGUUUACACUUAAGGCGUACGAACUUGAUCCAAAAAAAUCCGGAGAAUCUAAAGAAUAUAGGCGGAUUCCAGUACAUCAAGUACAUCAAAUACAAUCCAAUAUGCGUGUAAAAGAUUGUAAAGUUCUUAAAAAUGAUAAUCUCACCAUGAUUACCGAAGAAUGUGUGAUUAUCUGGACAGUUAACCCAUUAAAAGGCAUAAAAGUGCAUCGCAUUUGGGUUGGCAAGGAUAUUUCAGGAAAAUUUCAGAAUUCCGUUUAUAAUGACUCUUUUGUCAAAAGAUUUCUUCCACGGGCUGAUUUCGAUGAAAUUAUCAGUAAUGCUAGUAUUGAAUCAGAUAGCGGAGUUAGUAAUUUAUAUAGUCUUUUGUUAGAAAACUAUAUUGAAGAAAAAUUCUAUUUAGCAUAUUAUGGAAAAAUCCUCAUGGAAAAAUUUUUGAUUUCAAAUAGUAGCUGGUUGGUUGACAAAUUAUAUAAGAGUUGUAUUAAAAAGUGUUAUAACGAUGAAGAUGACUAUGUUUUACAAACAAAUAUUCAAUUACUAAGUAUUAUUACUCAAUUUUAUUCUGAUUUAAUUGAACAAAAUCCUACUAUUCUAUACGGAUUUUUAUCAAAGAUUGCAUUUUCGAUUCCUUCUAUGGAACGUUCUAGUAAAUAUUAUCGUACUUUAUCAUCAUCACCUCAUCUUUACCAUUAUGGUUCAUAUGGUUAUUUGUAUAAAACAUCACACAUUAACAUAGCUUUUAUUAUUUCUAAAUAUUGGCUUAUUUUUAAGAAUAAGCAUGAAGAUUUAUUUACUCAUAUUCAAAAAUGGGUUUUAAAGCCAUUCACAGAUUAUUAUAGGAGGAUUAAUAAUAUAAAUCGCAAUGCAACAAUCAUAUUUUUAUCUCCUUUACCUAAUUUUGUUACCGUGAUAGUAUUUGCUUUUGCACAUUCCUUACAUAUCUUGCUAAGACCUGCCGCUGAUGUAUCUCUUGAUCAACCAAGCUAUUCGAAUGAUCCAAAUGAUCCCUGGAACUUAAUAACAAAAUAUUAUACAGUAAAUCCAGAUGGUUCUGUUAAUGAGAAACCUUCUCUUCUUGAGCUACCUAAUGCAAGUACUAAUAUGUUUUCAUCAUUAACAACUGCAAUUGUGGCCGUUUACAUUAUGCUUACGGGAGAUUCAACUUACUUGUCUCACUGGGUUUUAAAUGACGAUAUAACUUUAAUUAUCCUAAUAAUUGCAUUUUCUUUUUUUACAACAAUUUAUUUAAUGAACUUGUUUAUUGGAUUGCUUGGUGGUGCAAUAAAUGAAGUAAAUAACAAAGAGGAUUUCCUGUUUCAAAGAGCUGAAGUUUUAACUGAGAUUGAACUAUUUUAUAUGCUACCAUAUCAAAGAAGAAAGUAUAAUUGGUUUCCGAAUACAAUUUUUUAUGAAGUACAUCUACACAAACUUCGUGGCGCAAUUAGAGAGAUUCACGACGAGAAAUGGAUUAGUGUAGAAAAACCUUAUGUUUCUUCUUUACUUUUAAAAGUUAGUCAUAUUGAGGAUGAAUCGGAAAUCAAAUUAGAAGAUUUAACUAGUUUGUUUAAUAAUUUCAAAAAAGAAAUUAUGGAUGAAAUGAAAUCUCUGGCUUCAAAAGACGAGUUAAAUAUAAGUUAG